AUGCGUCAUGUUGGAGAGAAUUGUCUUGCCAGCUGGUUUCUGAUCGAGCAACCAACGGUCGUUCAGCGUAUAGAAGUCCAUCACUACUUUUCGGCGAUGGAAGAAGAUGUGAAGAACGAGAAAAAUACUCAGAGCUCACAUGUUCAAUCUUCAACCGAGAAACCGGGACCAUCGAAAAAAGAGGACGACAAUGCAAGGUUUGAAUGCAACAUUUGCCUAGAUACUGCUAAAGAUGCUGUGGUCUCCAUGUGCGGCCACCUCUUCUGUUGGCCUUGUCUAGUUCAGUGGCUUGAUACACGGCCGAAUCGGCAGCUUUGCCCUGUAUGUAAAGCUGCUAUCAGCAAAGAUAAGGUAAUUCCACUGUACGGCCGAGGAGGCGAUAACACUGAUCCUCGUGAGAAAGUUCCUCCUCGCCCACGUGGACAGCGAACUGAGGCUCCGCAGCAAGGUUUCCCUGGAUUCCAAUGGGGUGACGGAGGGCCAGGUGGUGGUGUACAGUUCUCUCUCGGAAUUGGUGAGUUUCUGACAAUAUUAAUAUGCCGGUUCAAAUAUUUCAACGUAGAAAUAAUCUCACCAUGUUUUAGUAUAUGA